CCAUUGUAUCAGUCCGAGACAAAUCGAUACCUGGGCGUAUCGCUUCGUGUAACGGUCGCCCAAGGUUUCCAGGUUUCGAAGGCAUUCCCUCCGCUUCCAUCUGUCGGGGCACCGGGUGCAUGCACCUCUAAUACAAGUGUCCUCGUCUCGUCUCACCGCCAAACCAGCGGCGGUGGUGGUCGGUGAAGCCUAGCUUUCCCCCUUUCGUCCCCCAGAUAAAUCAGUCUUUCUCCCUCUCGGCCUCCCUACCCACCGCCGCCACCUUCUUCUCGGAGAAUUCUUGAACCCAAACCCUAAUUUCUUGCUGCCAUUGCGAGGAAAGGGAGUUUUUGGGUUCAAGAAGAGGGGAAGGGAGAACACUAGAUCCGGUUCUUGAGAGGAAUUCUAGGGUUUUACAGGGUCGGUGGAAAUGAGUAGCUUGGUGGAGCGGCUUCGUGUCAGAUCGGAGAGGAGGCCUCUCUAUACCGAUGACGAUUCGGAUGAUGAUCUUUAUGUCGCCCGGGGUGGCUCCGAGAGCAAGCAGGAGGAGAGGCCACCUGAGAGGAUAGUGAGGGAUGAUGCGAAAAAUGAUACAUGCAAAACCUGCGGAAAGAGUGGGAAUCUUAUUGCCUGUGGAACAUGCACAUACGUUUUUCACCGGAAUUGCUUGCCUCCACCUUUGAAAGUCAUUCCUGGUGAUGGUCGGAGCUGCCCUCACUGCGUAACUCCCCUGACUGAUGUCGAGAGGAUUUUAGAUUGUGAAAUGCGCCCAACUGUUUCAGAAGAAGUUGUUGCUUCAAAGCCUGGUUUGAAGCAAACAUACGUCAAACAAUAUCUCGUUAAAUGGAAGGGCUUUUCAUACCUCCACUGUACUUGGAUUCCAGAAAAGGAUUUUUUAAAAGCUUCCAAGACACAUCCUCGACUGAAAACUAGAUUAAACAACUUCCAUAAACAAAUGGAAUCCAUGGACAACUCUGAGGAUGACUGGGUUGCGAUUCGACCUGAAUGGACCACUGUCGACAGAAUCCUUGCAAGCAGGAGUAAUGAUGAUGGGCGUCAGUAUUAUGUAAAAUGGAAAGAACUUCCUUAUGAUGAAUGCACCUGGGAAGCUGAGUUGGAUAUUUCUGCUUUCCAACCUCAAAUUGAAAGAUUUGAGAUGAUUCAAUCUAGAGGACGCAAGAAAUCAUCUACUAAGAAUAAGAAUACCAGUCAUGAUUCGAAGGAACUGAAGCACAGGCAAAAAGAAUUCCAACAGUAUGAGCAUAGCCCGGAAUUUAUUUCUGGUGGCACAUUACACCCAUACCAGCUUGAGGGCUUAAAUUUUUUGCGCUUUUCAUGGUCCAAAAAUACACAUGUGAUCCUUGCGGAUGAGAUGGGUCUUGGUAAAACUAUACAGAGUAUCGCUUUUCUUGCUUCUCUUUCUGAGGAGAAAUUGUUCCCUCAUUUGGUAGUUGCACCUCUUUCAACAUUACGCAACUGGGAACGUGAGUUUGCAACCUGGGCACCUCAAUUGAACAUUGUAAUGUAUUUUGGAUCUGCCCAGGCUCGAGAGAUCAUCAGGCAAUAUGAAUUCUACUUUCCGAAAGAGAAAACAAAGAAGAACAAAAAAAAGAAAAAUGUUCAAGGUAGCCAUCAAAACAAGCAGGCAAGGAUAAAAUUUGAUGUGCUUUUAACAUCAUAUGAAAUGAUUAACAUGGAUUCAGGAAUUCUGAAACCAAUACAAUGGGAAUGCAUGAUUGUAGACGAGGGCCAUCGCCUCAAAAACAAAGAUUCCAAAUUAUUUCUUCAACUCAAACUUUUUUCAACCAAGCACCGUGUGCUUUUAACUGGAACUCCACUACAGAACAACCUGGAUGAGCUAUUCAUGCUUAUGCACUUCCUCGAUGCUGGAAAGUUUGCAAGUAUAGAGGAUUUCCAGAAGGAAUUCAAGGAUAUCAACCAGGAGGAGCAAGUUGCUAGGCUUCAUAAAAUGCUUGCCCCGCACCUUCUUCGAAGAGUUAAGAAGGACGUCAUGAAGGAACUUCCACCAAAGAAGGAAUUAAUUUUGCGGGUUGAAUUAAGCAGCAAGCAAAAAGAGUAUUACAAGGCUAUUCUUACUCGUAAUUACCAGAUACUAGCUCGUCGGGGUGGCGCACAGAUAUCCCUCAUCAAUGUUGUUAUGGAACUCCGCAAGCUCUGCUGUCAUGCAUAUAUGUUGGAAGGAGUGGAACCUGAUAAAGAGCCAAAUGAUGCCAAUGAAGGUCUAAGACAACUUUUAGAUGCUUCUGGGAAAUCACAGCUGUUAGAUAAGAUGAUGGUGAAGCUCAAGGAGCAAGGUCACAGGGUUCUUAUAUAUUCACAGUUUCAGCAUAUGUUGGACUUACUGGAAGAUUACUUAAGUUACAAGAAAUGGAAUUAUGAACGUAUAGAUGGGAGGAUCAGUGGGGCUGAAAGGCAAAUACGUAUAGACCGUUUCAAUGCCAAGAAUUCCACAAGAUUUUGUUUUCUUCUAUCCACAAGAGCUGGUGGACUGGGAAUAAAUCUUGCAACUGCAGAUACAGUAAUAAUAUAUGAUAGUGACUGGAAUCCACAUGCAGAUUUACAAGCAAUGGCCAGGGCUCAUCGAUUAGGGCAGACUAAUAAGGUCAUGAUAUAUAGGCUCAUUACUCGGGGAACCAUUGAAGAACGGAUGAUGCAGUUGACUAAGAAGAAGAUGAUACUAGAGCAUCUUGUUGUGGGCCGGCUAAAGGCGCAGACAGUUAAUCAGGAGGAAUUAGAUGACAUCAUAAGGUAUGGCUCAAAGGAGUUAUUUGCUGAUGAAAGUGAUGAAGCUGGAAAAGCUCGCCAAAUUCACUAUGAUGAUGCUGCAAUUGAUAGAUUACUUAAUCGUGACCAAAUUGGUGGCGAAGAGUCUUCAAUUGAUGAAGAGGAGGAUGACUUUUUGAAAGCUUUUAAGGUUGCAAAUUUCGAGUAUAUAGAUGAAGUUGAAGCAGCUGCAGCAAAAGAAGAGGAAGCAAGGAAGCGAUCUAUGACUGACAGAGCUUCUAGCUCCAAUUCUGAAAGGGCAAAUUACUGGGAUGAGCUACUGAGGGACAGAUAUGAAGUUCAACAAAUUGAAGAGCUUACUACUAUGGGAAAGGGAAAGAGAAGUCGUAAACAAAUGGUAGCUGCUGAGGAAGAUGACUUUGCUGGUUUGCAAGAUGUCAGUAGUGAAGAUGAGGAUUACUGUUAUGAAGAUGACCUGUCAGAUGUUGAAACAAAUUUACCUGGAAAUAUGCCAGGGAGAAGAGGCCAGCUUUCAAAGAAGAAAUCACGUGAUUAUAUGGAACCACUUCCUCUGAUGGAAGGUGAGGGAAGGUCUUUCAGAGUUCUUGGAUUCAAUCAAAAUCAAAGGGCUGCAUUUGUGCAAACACUAAUGAGGUUCGGCUUCCAGGAUUAUAACUGGAAGGAGUUUCUUCCUCGACUGAAGGGGAAAAGCCCACAGGAAAUUCAAGACUAUGCACAACUUUUCAUGAAUCACCUUCUUGAAGGUGUAACAGACUCGCCAACCUUUUCAGAUGGUGUUCCAAAAGAAGGAUUACGAGUGGAUGAUGUAAUGGUUAGGCUUGGACGUAUUCAGAAUAUAGAAGAGAAGGCCAAGUUUAUGUCGAAAAAUCCUGGGGCUAGCCUCUUUUCAGAAGAUAUAUUAUUGCUCUUCCCUGGCUUGACUGGGAGAAAUUGGAAAGCUGAGCAUGAUUUACUGUUACUGAAAUCUAUAUUAAAGCAUGGCUAUGCAAGAUGGCAAGCUAUAGUAGAGGAUAAAGAUGUUGGGCUUGCUGAUGUUGUUCGCCAAGAAUUAAACCUUCCUGUUAUAAAUGGAUCCUUUACUGAAGGUGUUCAAAUGAAUGAGGAUGCAAAUUCUGGUCCUGCCAGUGGUGCUUCAGAAGUUGCAAAGGGAAGCCAAUCAUAUCCGGACUACUCUUCAAUGUAUCAAUUCAGAGAAGUGCAAAGAAGAAUGGUGGAGUUUAUAAGAAAGAGAUAUUUUCUGUUGGAAAAAGCUCUGGAUCUAGAAUGUGCUAAGAGUACGAUCAAACCAUGCGAGCCUGAAAAUCAAGAAUCGGAGGUUGAGCCGAAGGUUCCAGAAGCACAAAGUCUGAACCCUUUGGAUACCAAUUCAUUGUUGAAAGAACUACCCAUUCUGGAGCCCAUUGGUCCAAACGCAUCUGCAUGUGAUAACAAAGGUGACUGCCGGGAAAUGCCACGGCUUUAUAAUGAGAUUUGUAGGGUAGUAGAAGACAAUGCUGUUGACUCGGUCCAGGCAUACUUGGAUGACAGAUCCGCAGGUUCUAGGUUAAGGAAGAAGCUCCGCCCUCUUGAAAUAAUAUGUGAAGACGUACAGCGAAUCCUCACCGGGACAUGUCAGAGUGAUGCUGCUGCUGAAGGAUCAAAUAAUGUACAUGCUGUGGGAGAUGAUGUUCUGCCUGGAGGCAGCAUAGGUGGUGAUAACAAUACUGGAAGUGCGGUAGAAUCUUCACAAUCGGUGCAUGCAUCACAACCAGAUGUGAAGGUUACAGAUUGUGCAUCGGGCAAGGUAAAUGAUGUCAAAACUCCUGAGGGCACUAAUCAAACAACUGACAAGGUCAUUGUGUUAGAUGAGUAACAAGAAUAUCACAUUCCAUAAGAUGACAAUGCUGUAGGCCAAAUGGGAUAUUUAAGCUGUAACUUACUGUGUGACUGAGGUACAAUAAAGCUUCUUACCAUAGUUUGUGCCAUUA